GCAUAAAAAGAAACCUCACAUUCUUCCACUGAACAAUUUGUAACAGAUCGUUCUCUCAAUUUGUUUGAAACAAAAACAAUAGUCUUAUCAUGGCGAAUUUUGUAGCAAAAAAUGCAGUUUUGGGCAUGUCAAAGUCAAGUGUGUAUCUGUGCCCCAAAGGAUCAGAGUUCCAAAGAAAUUCAUUGGCUUUCUUUACUACCAGUUUCACCAAGCUUGCAGAGAAUGCAAAGGAGGAAAUUAGUGAUGGCACUAGGAAUGUGACGGAUUCUGUUAAGGAAACUGCUGAGAGUGCCAAGGAAAAACUGAAGGAUACAGCAUAUCAGGGCAAAGAAAAAGUGAAGGAUACAGCCUAUGAAAGCAAGGAAAAGGUGAAGGAUGCAGCUCAGAAAAGUAAGGAGGUUGCCUCUGAUGCAGCUGAGAAAGCAAAAUCCAAAACACAGGAAAUUGGUGAAAAGGCAAGGUCUACUGCUGAUGAAUUCAGAAGACAAGCUAAAGAAAAUAUCUAGUGCAAUGGAGACAAUACUGUUGGGAAACUAUUCAACAGUUGAAUAAGAAGAUAUUUUUAUCAGAUCUGUCAUAGACUGAUAGUGCUGCAGUAGGAACCUUAUGCUAUUCUUUUUCUUGCUACAGUUUUUUGUAUUGUAUUAAUCCUUAUUGAAAAUAGAUGGUGGAUGUUUGUGUUCUGUAUA